AUGCGGUCAAAUAUUUCCAUAAGUAUGUGGAACAUCAAUGGCCUUCACAGUAAGGUACUUGGUGAUAAAUCAAAAAACGAAGAUUUUAUUAAUCAAAUAAAAACAAAUGAUUUUAUAUUUUUAACUGAAACCUGGUCCAAUACUACUAUAUAUGUCCCUGGUUUCAAGGCAAUAUCCAAUGUUAUACCUCCAAAAUUAAAUCAUAGUGGUCGCUUAUCUGGAGGCAUAACUUUGUUAUUUAAUGCAAAAUUUGAAGCAUAUGUUACAGUUUUGAAAAAUUCCAAACACUUUCUCUGGUGUAAAAUCUCCAAAGAAAUACUAAAAUCAGAAAAUGAUUUUUACUUAUGUGGAAUAUACAUACCACCAGAAACAUCAAAAUACUUUGAUUCCGAAACAUUUGAUAAAUUAGAAGAAGAAAUUAUCACAUUCUCUGGGAAAGGAGAUGUGAUACUGAUUGGCGACUUUAAUGCAAGAACAGGUAAACUUGAGGACUUUAUUUCAACAGACGGAAAUAAACAUAUACAAAACCUUGUCCAAGACGAUUCAUACCAAACCAAAAGAGAAAAUUUUGAUAAUACAGUAAAUAGUCAUGGAAAACAUCUUCUUGAAAUAUGUAAAAAUUGUGAUCUCCGAAUUCUUAAUGGUAGAACCAAAGGCGAUUCCCUAGGUAAAACCACUUUUCAUAGUAAGAAUGGUAUUAGUACCAUAGACUAUGUCGUAUGUGAUAUAAAUUUACUUAAGUACAUUAAAUUUUUGUUGUUAAACCCCCAAAUUACUUCUCAGAUCAUAGCCAAAUUACCUUUUGGAUAGACAUGAAGGAUAACGCAGAUAAAAUCCUUCAAGACACACCUAACAGCAAUUUUUCAAAAAAACUACCACCCCAAUUUAUCUGGGAAAAUAUUUCUGAUAGAACUUUUACUGAAAGUCUUAGAUUGCCUGAUAUACAAAUGAAAUUUCAAAAUUUUCUAAAUAACAAUUACCCUACAAAUAAUGCAGGAGUUAAUGACUGUGUAAAUGAAUUUCAAGACAUUCUACUAGAUGCAGGAAACAAAAGCCUUAAAAUUAAGAAAGUUAGGAAAAGAUACAAAAUUAAAAAUAUAACUAACAAAAAAUGGUUUGACAAAGAAUGUCGAAUAAAAAGACAUGCCGUGAGAAAACUGGCUAACCAAAAACAUAGAGAUCCAAUAAACAUAAACCUUAGAAAUAGAUAUCAUCAUGAAUUAAAAAUCUACAAAAAUACUUUAAAACUCAAAAAAGAAGAAUUCCACAAACAAAAAAUUAUUGAACUUGAAAAAACAGCUGAAAAUGAUCCAAACUCUUUUUGGAAAGUACUUAAAACUAUGGAUGAUGAAAUGCCAAACAAUGCAACUUCAAAUACAAUCUCUGAAGAGCAAUGGUUAUCUCACUUCCAAACAUUGCAUUCAAAACAUAGUCUUAAUGAGUCGCAACACAAUGUCACAAAAACAUUAAAUAUUGAAGAAUUGAACAAAAACCAAUAUGCAAACUUAGAUCAUCCUAUUUCAGAUUUAGAAAUCAGAAAUGCUGCAAAAAAACUGAAGAAAAAUAAAUCUGCCUACUCUGAUCGCAUAAAAAAUGAAAUGAUUAAAUGUAGUACUCAUGUCUUGCUUCAAGGAUUCAUAAAACUAUUUAAUCUUAUACUUGAAGCGGGAAACUUUCCUAGUCAGUGGUGUGAAGGUUUAAUAACUCCAAUUUUCAAAUCAGACGAUCGUCUUAACUGCAAUAAUUAUCGAGGUAUAUGUAUUACAAGUUGUCUUGGUAAAUUUUUCUGUUUAAUACUCAACGAAAGACUUCAUACUUUUACCAAAGAAAAUGACACUCUUCAUCCUUCACAAAUUGGGUUCCUACCUAAUCAUAGAACAGCCGAUCAUAUACUAACCCUAAAAUCUUUAAUAGAUAAGUAUGUAAAUCAAACAACUAACGGGAAAAUAUAUGCAUGCUUUGUUGAUUUCAGAAAAGCUUUCGACUCUGUUUGGCAUGAUGGAAUGCUUUUAAAACUUCUGCGUAACAAAAUUGGGGGGAAAUUCUACAAUUUGAUUAAAAAUCUUUACUCCAACUCCCAGUGUGCCGUUAAGCAAUCGCAACAUAGAACACCUUUCUUUCCAUACUCCAGAGGCGUUCGACAAGGAUGUAUUUUAAGCCCACUACUAUUUAAUAUUUAUCUAAACGAUUUGCCCCAAUUAUUCAAUAAUUUAGCCUCUGACCCACUCAUGCUUCCUAACACAACCAAACUGAACUGCUUAUUAUAUGCAGAUGAUCUUAUCUUACUAUCAAGAUCAAAACAAGGCCUUCAAAACUGUUUAGAUCAGCUAAACAGCUGGUGUGAACAAUGGUUAAUGGAAAUAAACUUGAAAAAAACAAAAAUAAUGAUUUUUCAAAAAUCAACUAAAAAACAGCAAAUACCAGUCUUUUCUAUAGGAAACAGAAUUUUACAAAUAACACAAGAAUACACCUACCUAGGACUAAAACUUACACCUACUGGAAAAUUUACUUUAGCAAUGAAAACUAUAGCUGACAAAGCAAUACAAGCUCUGUUUGCUAUAAAGAAAAAAGUUGACUUUUCCAAUUUAAAACCAAAACUAGCAAUUAAAAUUUUUGAAAGCAUAAUAUCACCCAUUCUUCUAUAUAAUUCCGAAAUAUGGGGAGCAUUCACUUGUAUCAAUAAAGAUUUCCAUAAAUGGAACCAAACUCCAAUAGAGAAAACCCAUUUAAAAUUUUGCAAACUCUACCUAGGUAUUAAUAAAAAAGCAACUAACGUUGCAUGUAGAGGAGAAUUAGGCAAAUUCCCCCUAUUGAUAAAUAUUCAUAAAAGAAUAAUUAAAUAUAUUAUACAUAUCAACACACUUCCAGAUUCUGUCAUUGUGAAACAAGCAUUUCUACUAUCCAAAAAUCUAUAUUUGAAUAAUCAACAAAGUUUUUAUCUAAAUGUAAUGAAAAUGCUUAAAUCCUAUGACCCAUCCUUUGAAUUGAAUGAAUUAGAACCCAUCACACAAGAUCAUUUAACCAGAUAUAUUAAUAAUAUCAAAAAUAAAUACACAACAUUUUGGAAACACACACUGAUUAAUUCCUCUAAAUUAUCUUUCCUAUCCUCUUUCAAAUCAGAAUUUAAACUAGAAGAAUAGCUUAGUUCUAUAAAGAACCCGUCACAUAGAAGAUUACUAAGUAAAUUUCGAACCAGUUCCCAUAAACUACACAUUGAAUCCGGACGAUACAACAAAACUCCCCGUGAACAACGUUUAUGCGAGUACUGCGACACCAAUGAAAUAGAAGAUGAAUAUCAUUUCACACUUCAUGUAAAUAUUAUGAACAACAAAGAAAUGAUUUAACAAAUACUCUACAAAAUGACUUUAAUGUACCGAUAAAUUUCCAAACAACUGAUGACUUACUAAACAUAUUGUCAUCGAAUAAUCCCGAUUUGCUCAACAUUUUCUCAAAAUUUCUUUUCGGUUGUUUUAAGAAACGUGAUGAAUGCCUUGAAACUAGGUUACAUUCGAAGUAGUUAACUUUCUUAAAAUUUGAUAUUUAUAUAUGAUAAUUAUUAUUUCAUAAUUCAAAUCUUUGAUAUUGCAAAUAAAUAGUCAGAGAUCCUACAACAUUUGUUAUUUUGUAAAGUAAAGUAAAAUAGAUAUAAAACUUAUUAAUAUUGUUAAUCACAUUUUAUGUAAUAUAUUAUUGAAAACGUUAGCAAUACCUUGUAAAUAGGUCAUGCGAAUAAAGUAAUAAAAUAGCAAAAUAGCAAAUAUGUGCCACUUGACUUUCAUAACAACAUAAUAAAAUAGAAAAUUUUAUAUGUCCAAAAAAUUUAAUUUCUGUCCCUUAAAGGUUAAGGGUUUGGCUUAAUUCAGAGACAAUCUUGGAAAAAAUAUUUGUAGACUUUUCGAAAAAUACACCCAAAUUUGGAAACAUAUGAUGAAAAUGUGAGCAUUUUUCAAUUAAAGCAACUAUUUACUUUAAAUUACCCCUACCCCCGAAACAAUGUUGGUUCUGGUAAAGUGGAUUUGCAACACAUGUCACCUAAAUACCAACAUUGUAUGAGGGGGAAGGGGGACAAAGUUUGAAAAUUUAAGAAGUCGACUAAUUUUUUUCCAGGAUUGUACCUUACUGAAACUCAAAAAGUUUGUAAAUGCAAGUGCCAGCCAAAACACCCCCUCCCAUUGAAUAUCCUAAUAUCAACCAUAGGCUAAACAUACAAGUUAUCACACCCGACAAUGGCUUGCUAACAACAAUUAUAAUAUAGCAUUUGUAAAUUCUGAAUGCUGAUUGGCUAAGAGCCAUGUUGAUAUAACUCGAUGUCAACACGGAAAACGUUGGAAAAUUUCUUUAUAUUUCUUUAUGCUAUAUUAUAAUGUGGAAAUUGGGAAAACUCAAAAUUGUGUGAAAACAUUCCACCCUUCAGGCAUCGUGUUUCCACACAAUUUCUCGUUUUCCCAAUUUCCACUCGUGUUGAUAACUGCAUAUCAACACGGAAAAUGUUUUAUAUUUGUUAAAUAAAAUAUAAUACACCAAUCUACUGUAAGCAACAAAAAUGUCCUGACCUGCAUAACACAUUACUUCUACAAAUGUGUGUGAACACAUUUUUCUGUUUCCUUUCAUGCUUAGCAAUGGAAAAUGACACUUUUUCCCACCACCUCUCAUAAAUUUCCUUGGGGGAUCUUUCUGGAAUGACCCAAUGAGAUUGCUUACACUUGUAGUUUUCAAACAUAUAUUCACAAAAAUGAGAUUAAAAUUUGACAUGAUUUAUAAGUUUGGUUUAACCCAUUGAGUGGCAGCACACUCCCCCUGACGAGUAAAAUCAUUUGGUGUUAGACAGAGUAAAAUAAUAAAGUAGGGUGCAUUGCCACUUGAAGGGUAAAUUGACACUUAUUGUGUGGUUAUUUUGUUCAUGGAACUAAAAGUUGUAUUGAAUUGUCUGCCUCAAAGUGUAUUUUAACUUAAUUCACUGUUCUUCAAAUCCUUUCGCAAUGCCUUAGAGUUGCUUUGUUUUUCUCUAAUUUUGUAUUGAGUAAUAUAAUCUCUGGCAUAUGAGAAUGAUCUUACUUUCAAAAUAAGUUUUACAAUGUUUUCUAAACACAACUUUAGUGUGUCACCAGAUGGAUUAACUCCAGAUGAUACCACAAUAUUAUCCCACAAUGAUUUCACAAUGGGCAUGCUAAUAGUUUUAUAACAAGUCACAUCCACUGGGAUAUUUCUGAGGACUUCCUUUGAUUUGUUAACCUCUCUACGAAAGUUUAUUUCUGCCUCUUGCAAAAUUCUUAUGAGGUCAUCUGAUGGGUUGUAUUAAAACAGCUUAUUAGCAAUUCAACCAAAUAUGGUAAUUCUGACCAUAUACGUAAGGUGCGCAUGCCUCAGGCAAAAAUAUUACACCAUUGUUCUUGGCUAACAUAAACACAUGUUUGCUGCACUCCCUUCGAAGCUACAGUGUAUUUCAUUGGAAAACUUUUGCUGACGUCUUCAAUGUAAGUAUAUAUAUAUAGUAUCUGUUACAUCUAAAAAGUGAAUGUGUCUAUCUGUACGUAAAAAGGUGCCUGUCUGUUUGUUUGACACCAUCAGUGCGCCAUCAGGCAUAUCACCAUGUCGUGUUGGCAGCGCUCGUUUCUUCUUGGUCAUUGGAUAUUUAUAUAAACAUAUCGAUUUGUAAAGUCUACAAGUAUUCAUCAACGUCACCAAGGUUAGAUCUUUAUUUGUUGCAUUAAACGGUGAACUUUAAUAGUAUAGGGUUAGUCCUGCUAUGCAAAUUCAAAAUUAUUAUCAUUCAUUUAUUUAGAAAUUGACUGUUUUCACAGUCAAUGAGCAUGAAAAUAUUUGCAUAUAUAGUGGGACUAAAUCGUCGGGCUGGCCAUGUUGCUGGGGGUCAAUAGAAAUAAGGCCUCUGUUUCUUGGCCAAAGACCUACAUAUAUUUUGAAAACAAAAUUCAAUGUGCUUCUGUACCUCAAGACCAAAUAACUUCAGCAAUACACUGUUUUGUAUAUUUUCAAUAUGAAUCAGUCAAAAAGAGCAAGUAUAGCAAAAGGAUGGUUAAAGUAUGUCAUGGAUACUAAAAAGUAUACACAUACUGCAUACACAUCAUUGCUUUAAUUAACCCAUUGUGUUUCAUUGCACCUCGAUGCCCCCAACUAGCGGUCUGUGUGGUUCAAUGACUUAGUACCCUAACCCUACUUAACUCAUAACCCUAUUCGAUUGUGAAUUUUAUCCAAUUUCAUCUUUUUUUAUGUGGCUCGGACGUUUGACUUUGCCUCGGAAUUGACUCGGUUAACAGGGUGAGUUAGGUAAAAAGGGCCCACAGUAAUUGGCAUAUGCUGUUGUGGUGACCCUGCCCUAGUUGGCAAAGCUAAAUAAAUAAAUAAUUAUUUCACUCUGUCUAACACCAGAUUAUUUUACUCUGUCUAACCCCAGGUGAGAGUGCUGUCAAGGGGAGAGUGCUGGUGCUCAAUGGGUUAAUAUCGAGAUUGGGGAUGUUUAUAGGGAACCGGACAAACCAAUGAGCAAACCUGGGUCUGAGUUAGCCAAUGAAGAUGGUUUUUAUUCACACCGGCUAGCUCACUUAAGUUUUUAGUGUCAUUAUUUUUUCCCCACUGUUCAUAUGUGGAUUCACAAUGCCUACAUCAGACAAUGCUUAAGUCUGAAAUGCAAUUUAUAAUGCCUUUAAUCCAUUGAGUGGCAGCACGAUCAUGAGUAAAAUUGAUGAGUAAAUUGUCUGGUGUUACGUCUGAAAUGCAAUUUAUAAUGCCUUUAAAGGUGACCUGACAUGAAAUUUUUUAUUGCCCCAUCUGAAAGAAUCGUCAAAACUGUAAAGCGACUUCUUUUGCACAUUUUUGGCUUGUGAUUAAAUCGUUUGAAAAUCCAUAUAUGCGUUAUACUGAGGACAAUGUAAAGCAUAUGCAGUUUUGCAAAUGACAAUGUUGGAUAAAAAUACAUAAAUUAUCAAAUAUUUGAUAGCUCAUUAUGCAAACUGUGAUGUAAAUUUGUUUGCAAUAUGCAUGAGAACAAAACUGAAUUCUCUCACCAAAGAAGAAUGUAAAUGAAAAUCUGUAAAAGAUUAAGUUACUUUACAGUAUUCACUAUUCUUUCAGAUGGGACAAUAAAAAAUUUUGUGUCAGGUCACCUUUAAUCCAUUGAGUGGCAGCACGAUCAUGAGUAAAAUUGAUGAGUAAAUUGUCUGGUGUUAGCCAUAGUAAAAUAAUCUGGCAUUAGACAGAGUAAAAUAAUAAAGUAGGGCUAAUCAGGUCCCAAUGCGACUCAAUGGGUUAAUCAUAUGCAAAAAGGAGUGAAAAUUUAAUUUCAGGGGUCUAAUUAUUUGGUGAUGAAUCGGUAAAUGCCACAGAAAAACAAAACGAAUUACAUGUAUGUACAGCCUUUCGUGUUAAGAAUUCAUAUUCAUGAGUUUAUUAUGACUGCAAUUGUUUAAUUUUGUGUUAAAAGUUAAAUGAUGCAUUUGUAUUUACUAUACAUUUCCUGACCAAGCAAUUCAUAGGGUGAUGGAUAAAAGUACUAAUUUUUGGGACACCUUUUCAACACAACAGCACUAAUUUUUAACACAACAUUUACCAAUUCUGAUGCCUUGAUUUACCAUGAUUUGGAAUGCUUGAUUAAAUUAGUCCAUUUUAUUUUCAUUCCAUUAAAAUAAUGAGAGUAAUUGAUCAAAGAAGGAAGGAUUUAGUUUUGUUGCUGAGCAAAAUACACCAGUUUUGACACCUUUACUGCCUCCAGUGCCAACCUUUGUGUCCCACAGGGGCGGAUCUAGGGGUCGUCAAACCGGUCACACGACUAACGUAAAAAUUGCAAACCUCAAAGUGUUAAUUCUUCGAACAAUAGUCCAGUUAUCUUUUAUCAUGCAGCGGUACCUUAUAGCAGUCCAGUCUCUAUUAUCAUGCAGUGCUGGUAAUUAAUAUUCCAAUCGAAGUGAGUGUAGUCCAGCUUUAUAAACAGCCAGUGAGUGUAGUCACUCCAGUGGUUAAAUUUCAUGCAGUUUAUGAGCUGACGAGCUUAAUCAAGUCAAUGAGCAGCUGACAUAUGCAAAGUUGAUCAGUCAAAGUCAAAAUCCAGUGUUCUGAUUGGUCUAAACGCUUACUUCCAUGGAAACAAGCAAUUUUUCCCGAUUUUGACUGAUCUGUGGGGAGUUCUGACCGAUAUAUCAAAGUCAGGGGGUGCCCAUUAGUCAUCAUCAUCAUUAAUAUUUCACACGUGCUAUAUAAGGUCUUUAUGAGCACUCGCUCAUUCGAAGUAUUACAUUGGAGCUUUGUCGAAACUACACUCAAAAGAUUUAAGAAAUGUCUGCUACUCCUUGUAGUAUUUACGAAACCGGUUAAAUCCGCAUUUGCAGUGAACGAUUUAGCCGUCUUACAAGAUUGUUGGGCUGAUUUAUGGAAAAAUAUCGACACUAUAUCCGAGAGUUCGCUUGAGCAGUUGUUAGAUGCCAUGAGCAGCACACUCUACAGUUUGAGUCGUAAUAUUGGCGCCGAAAUCUAUAUUACAAAGAGAGUGCGAGAUCGAAAGGACAAGUCAUGUCAUAAGGUAAAUUUAUAAAAAUAUUUAUAAGCGAACAAAAGCGUGCCAUGUAUAUGUAAAUACCUAAAAUACGUGUAUCUCCGACUAUCUGGAUUAAGACUUUAUAGCUAUAAUUUACACAACAAAUUUACAUAUUUUUGCGGUUGAAGGACCAUCAUAACUCAAAAGGCUAUUAAUAUUGAGGAUAACUGAUAUAAAUGUAGUAUAUACAGGAUAUAAAAGUCAGGUUUUAUCUUUUAUCAAUGAAUUAUAUUUUUAAUUUUAGUAUAUGUCUAUUUGAGUAAUAUGACACUGUAGUGAUUGACUGUUGAGUCAUUGAAACAUUGACUAGUAACAAGGCUAUUUGUGUAGUACCAUCAUGAGUUAGUUAGACUUAUAAACAGUUAUAUGGCAUCAAUUAGUAAAUUAAACUAGCCAUUUUGCUAAUUGGCAUUGUAGGAGAAAGAUCUCUUAUAAUUUAGUUAUAAACUGAGAGUUGUGAUCAAAGUGUAUAAAAUAUAACUUAUUAUAGUAUGAUUUGUUAUAAUGUUAUCAUAAAUAUUUAAUGUUAUAUUCAAUAUAUUGCAUGUUAUUGUGUUAAUUUAGGUUGAAAUUAAGCAAUUUAAAUCUAAAUUUAAUUUAAUAUUUUGUCUAUUUUCUUAGAUAAGAAGCUUCAGGGAAUUGCACGGCUGCAAAAACGAAAAUUUGUUGCUAGUUCACAGGCAUCAACAGCAGCCAAGAAACAAAAGGUAUCUUCUUAUUCCUCUAAAAAAGCUUUGAAAAUUCCUUCUGGUAACAUUUCUAACUUUUUUAAUGUAGCAGAAAAACCUCAGGUUAUCUCCGAACAGAUUGUAAGCGAUAUUAAGGAAAGUAAGUUCUUCACUAUUAUUGCUGAUGAGGCUGCAUGCAGAUUCAUCACACAAAGAGCAAAUGGCCCUUGUUUUGCAUUUUGUUGAUAAAAUAUGGAUAUUAGAGAGGAGUUUAUUGCUUUCCUUCAGUGUAAGUGGGGAUUAAGUGAAGAGAAUCUUGCCAAACUUUUAUUGGAUGCUCUCAAUGACCUUGAUUUGCUGAUUGAGGAUUGUCGAGGACAGGCGGGUAUGAUGGUGCUGUUUCUGUUGCUGGUUGUGUAAAAGGUUUCGCUGCUCAUAUCUUAAGACUUAAUACCAAAGUUCUUUACACUCACUGCUAUAGCCACAGGCUAAAUUUGUCAAUUUGUGAUAGUUUGUCAAUUAUUGAGGUCAAGAAAAUGCUCAAGCAUGUGAAAGAAGUGACUAAUUUUAUAAAUAUUUCUCAAACUCGUAAUAUACUCGUAAUAUGCCUUUUGAGGAGACUGUUCAUAAUAGUUCUGAAACUGACUAAAAAAAAACUAGACUGCCAGAUGUUUGUCGAACUAGAUGGGUUGAACAUAUUAAGGGUCUGAGCACUUUUGAAGAUCUGUUCAUUCCUGUUUUCAACUUGCUUGAUGAUAUGACAAAUGGAAAAUACAAUCUUUCUCUUCGUACUGAGGCAUCCGAUUUGCUUUCACUUAUUUCUGAUUUUGAGUUUGUUGCAAUUAUGGUUAUUACCAGAAAUAUUUUUUACACAACUCUUCCCGCAACACAGCUUUUGCAAGGCAAGAGUAUUGACGUAAUGGAAGGUAUUGGUCUCUUCUUUGAAGACUAGUGUUGUUAAUGUAAGGAAUUCUAUUUAUAUAUAUCACGAUCAAUGGUAUGAAAUUGCUUUGGCAUUAGCUAAAAAGGUUGGUCUUGAAGAAUCUAAACCAAGGACAGUUGGAAGACAAACAACCAGAGCAAAUUAUCCAUAUAAGACUAUCUCUGAGUAUUACAAAAGAAUGACCAUCUUUUCAAUUCUUUGGAUGCAAGAUUUGACAUUGUUAAUGUUUACCUAGGGCUUAGCAUUGUGCCAACUAAGAUGUUUUCCCUCAUUUUUUUCGAGCGAGUUUCGAGAAUGUUCGAGUGAGAAACGCGACGCGUAACCUUGCGAGGGGCGCUAUCGCGACCUCUCGCUCGUUACGCAUAAUGACUCGCUCGAAUAAUUUGUUUACUGCUUUCGUGUAAUCGCGAAACGCGCUUCGCGAAUAUCAUUGAUAAAUCGCUUAUGAGCAAAAACUUCAUGGUAGCGAAAAACAUAAAGGCUAGUUAUUCAACAUACAUCUUGGCAUAUGGAAGUCUUACCUUGUUUUUUCCAAAUGAUUGGGGCACAAGAUAUGGAUUUAAGACGCUGUCUUGCUUUUACGUUUUAUAAGUAGAUGUCUCGCAGCACUGUCUGUACAUAAAUUAUUCACAGUUUCACCUUAGGCUUAGCGAAGCGUUUAAAUUCGAAAAUGGCAUGAAUCGCGGUAAUUCUUUCAAUAUUUCAAAGUCAGAUAAUUUAUAAACAAACCUUUGUAAUAGAAUGACAACAAAAAUAAAGUAUGACAAUAUCAACUACAUAAAACUAAAAUAUGACACAUGCUGUUUUACACCCGAUCAAAAUAUGCGCCUUGUCCGAAAUGAAGACAUGUUUUUUUAGUAUUAACAGAGAAGUAGCUACUACAAUAUUAUUGUCACAUACAGUAAAGCAAGUGUUACAUUUUUGCCAUUUGCAUGCCAGUUAUUUGACACGGUUUUGAAAUGCAAAUCGACCGGAUAAAAUAUUUGUUUGUUUGUUCCUGUUGGUGGGCUGUGGGAAACAUGUGAAAUGAGAGAAACUAUGCCGUUAUGGUAUGCGUAUAUUUUAAUUUGCUGUUUAAUCAAUGGGAUGAGAAGACUGGUAGCGGUUUAAAAGAAAGAAGUACAAGCAUUGGCAUGUCCGACAGCUAGCAAAUAGCCUUCUUUGUCUCUGGCGUACUAUAGGUAUGUCAUUCUUAUAUAAAAUAUUUCUGUUUUAUUUCCUGUUGAUAAAUCUAUCGCAAAUCUCGUCAGAGACAGAGUCCUCAUCUUUGCGCUUUGUUGUUGUAAAUGUUAAUAUAUACAAACUCGCCAAUUAAAAACUUAAAACAAUAAAAGGUAUGUAAAGGACGGCAAACUGCUGUUUUAAAUCGUUCACACGACAUUUACUCUUACAGUAUAUAAACGGAACACUGAAGAUGGUUCUGAAAUAAAUACAAUUAAACCUGCCAUAGUGACAUCGCAGUUCUUAAUAACGCAUUUAAAUCAUGCACUUCACGAAUACUUGAUACUCAAAAAUUUCUUCAAUUCGCAUCGCGACGACUCGAAUCGUGCUUCGUGAAACUCGAUAGGUAACACGAUUCGAGAAGCGAGACCGCUUGAUACUCGCUUGAAUGUUUCUCGCUCGAACGUGCUCGAUACUCGAUGUAUAGUUUCCGUUGGAUGGUACUGUACAUCUUUGUAUGUUUGCAUGGCGAUAACAAUGUGACAUAGAGGGUUAAUUACUGUAGGUGGUAUGCAAUGCAUACUUUCAAUAAUUACAUAUAUAUGUCUUUAUUAAUGAGAGCGGUUAUUGGCUCAGAAUUCAUCAUAGCAAGGCUCCCCCAUGCAAAAUGUAAUGACAUAAUUAUAGAGGUGUAAUAGGGGGUGUUUUAAAAUAUUUCGCACCAAAUAGAAUGGUUAAUUUGCAAUGAUACUGUAGAACUUCACUGCAUUUACUGUACUGUAUAUUAUUUGCCUAAUAUGUAGUGUUUAUCUUUGCAGGCAUAUUAGCGAUCAAAUGAUGCCAGAAGUGUUCGGUAUGCCCAGCCAGGCCAAUAUAACACCAAGCAGGCCUUCUCAACCUAAUGGUGUGUUUGAUAAUUUAGCAAACAUUUAACUUUAACAUUAUUUCAAGUGUUUUUAAAUUUUUCUAUUUGACUAUUUCUCUGUUUAACUCAAUUCAAUCCGCCAAUAUUCAUUUCCAACAUAUAUGACGGGAAGAUUAAAUAUAAAAGAACUCCGCGAGUAUUUGCAGUAGAAAUAUGAAAAUAUCACAAAAAAAAUUCUGCUUGAUCGAUACUAUAUAUUCCGAAAUAUUCGCAUAAUUUUAUUGUUUCUCGCUCAAUUUCAAGCGAAUUUCUUACCUUGAAAUGAUCAAUGCAGUGAAAUUUAUGCAAAUGACGCAUUACCAAUUUUGCUGUUGCAUUUUGACUGUUCCACCCGAUUCAAAUGCCUGUAUCUUUGCUUCUUUUCAAUGUAUAAUAAAGACAAAUGCACCAAAAGAAUCGCCAUCUUGUAUUCUAUAGCUCGGAGCAGUCUCGGGAAAUUGCAAAAUAAUCUAUGCCUAUUAUGGCAAUUCUCGUGCUCGGAAAGUGUUCGGCCAACUUCGGACGCCAAAUUCUUGGUAACGCAUUACAGUUUCCUAGUAAAAGACUGCAGAAAUCACUUCCGGAGUGUUUGUUUACCCUAGAUACGGAUUUUGAUUGGCUUAAGCAGAAAAACAAACCUUUUACAGCAAUUUUCCUGAUUAUCGCGCAUGUGUUGUAAUGUAUUGUGUUGUAAUUGUAUUGUUUGAAUCGUAUCCUCAAGACGUUCUUGGCCUUAUUUUGCAAACUGAUAGUGCUAGUAAUGACGGAAUGUCUUCGUACAAAGACAAGUAUCUCAACCUGGAAUAUUUGGGAGUCGUGUCUGGAGUUUCAAGGCAAGUAUUUUGAUCAUUUUUGGACAUUCCAUUUCAAUGUUUUGCUGUUGCCAUGGCAUUGUAAAUUGAUUUGCAUUUAGUAUAGCUUCACUAGAACGACCAAGUAUGUAAGAGUUAUAAACCGAGUAGGAGGUUUAUAACUGAUAUAUUGACCCGAGGACGCGUAGCGUCCGAGGGGCAAUAUAUCAGUUAUAAACCGACUUACUCGGUUUAUAACUAACUUAUAUCACACUUGCGGAGGUUUUCCAACAUAUUUUGUCAUUUUCAAAAAUUUUUAAUGAAAAAUUCUUGCGUUUUGUCUACAAGUUUAAUCUAAUCAUUUAUUCAAGGUCUAUAAGCUAGUUAUAAACCUCGGACGAACAAAGAAAACCGACGCAAGUGUGAUAUAAGUCCUCAUAUCGCAUUUUUGUGUUGAAACAAUCCUUCCAUACAGACAUUGACAAAUAUAAAUGGUAUUUAUUUAUAUUAUUGUCGAAAAUUUAUGGUGUUUUAGGCAUAAAAACUCUGAUUCCUAGGCAAAGUAAAAUGAGCCUUGAGCACAUGUUGGGUUGUUUGUUACAUACAUAAUAGACCAAGUGUUCAAUAUGCCCACAUACAAAUAACCCAAAGAUCAUCCCCAUAUACUAAUAAAGAAGGGUCUUGAAGUCCACCAACCUUGAGGAGAUUGAGAGGUUGAUUGCCUUUUUGUGGCUACCACAUAGCGGUAGCCAUAUAGUCAGCAAGUGCUUGAGGGGUUUGGACUGCAUUUACGUCACGGUCGGCAACCGUCGGCCGAUAUCGGCAAGUGCUCGCGACUAAAGAUGCUGUGUUUAUAUUUGUAUCUUUACGUUUUCAACUGGAUCCUAUUUCGGUUUCUAACUGGUUUCUGAAGAGGUCUUUGGUAUUAUCGUGAUAUAGAAGGUAAGAAAUAUAGUUAAAUUUUAAAGUCGAAAUGUUUCACUCAUAAAUACUGUAUGUUAUAAAUACAUGUUGUAUAUAAGUUACUAUAUUUUUAAAAAUGAAACGUGGCAAGCCAAACUGUAAGAUAGUUGGGAUUUAAAGGCUAAUAUUCGGUAUAAAUUAAAGUAGUAUAUUUAAACGAUACAAAAAAGUUGAGAAAACGGAAAAUUCUAACGUAAGUAAUGUAAACUUUUUCAUGUGUUUCUCACAUCACGUGUGCUCUCGUGUCUCUACAAACAAUACGUUUCUAGAACUUUAUACAGUUGUAUGUCAACUGUCUUCCUUUCCUCUUCAAGACUUUAAACUAGCUAUGUGCCUCCUCUUUUGCUGUAAGUCUCCCAUGUAUUUUAAUUCCAUGCAAAACUUUAAAUAGGCACAACUAAAUCGAAACUUAUCGCUUUUAUCUUACUUUUCGGCGAUUUUGCACUUCAGUUUUGACCUUGAGCUUUUCGCCGUCGCUGUCUGCAUAUUUAUAUACCAAACUCAAAUAGAUUUAUUGUACUGCGAAUUUGUUCCGCGAUAGAAUUAUUACGACUCAAAUUAAAUUGUUACAUGAAAUCAGACUUUAAUCUUCGUAUAGGAAAGGUUUAUACAGUUUGGGUCGAGGUUUGGGUUCAAAUUUAUGGCAUUUCAUUUCGUUUAAUAUUUAUUUAUAUUGUUACAUGUUAUUGUACAUUUAAAACUAUUAAAUAGCAACUAUUUAAAAAUAGUUGUGUACAAUUCAACACGUACAGUUUCAGUCAAAUCCGUAAAAGUACGUUUAACAUUCUAGUAGCGAAAUACAAACAUGAUUUCCGGACUAAUCAGUGUUUAAAAAGUCUAAAAGCCCAGGGUACAGUCCGUUACCGGAUGUAACAAAGCCUUUGUUUACAUUUCGGUAUUCAAAAUACUGUAUUGAACUUUAUUCGACAACUAUUUAUAUUUUAUUUAUUUAUUUAUUAUAUUUAUUAUUUUUAUGCUUCUACAGUAUAUAAAUGAUCUAGAUACAACAAUCAAGCUUUCAAGAACACAAAAUGAAAUAAAAACCAAAUGAAAGUGUUUAUAUCACGGCAGGAGACUCCUAUGUGUGCUUGCUCAGACCGGACUGUACAGCAGCAGUACUAUAUUGGCGGGAAAUGAAAAUUUUUCAUCUUUGUUUUAACCGUUUGUUCUUUGUUUUAGGUGUUACUUAAAGAGGCUGUCAAGUCCGUAAUGUAAACAAACGCUUUAUUUACAUUUUGAACUCAGUGCUACAGUUGUAAAAUAUGAUUAGAUGUAUAUUAUACUAAAUUUUUAACAUUUUCUGGUUCGCUAUGCUUGUAAAUGAAUGCAGAUUAGAGAUUCAAUUCAAGAAAGUUCAAAAUAUACAAAAUAUUAAUAACAUUCCAACGGUCGGUUCCUGACCAUUGGAAUGUAAGCCUGCGCAGAACGUAUGAGCAAAACGGAACAAGGAUACACGAUACUGAAACGAAAGUUUGCGCAGAUCGCUGCCAGCAGUCUGACUGAGCGUAACAAGUGUUAAUUACAUGAACACCACAAAGGAACGAAAGUUUAGAGUGUAACACGUGUUACACUCAACUUCUGGAGCGGUCAAGAGAACUGAGAAAUUUAAAGCUAUCUUGAACUUACAUAUAAAAAAUAUAAAAGUAUUCUGAUAGUUAUAUUCAUGAUCAUAAUACAGAAUAAAUACAGGGAUCGUCUAUUACGCAGCACUAAAAGCGGUAGCCACAUGCACGCUUAGCGCGCCUAUUUUUAGUAUAUGCAGGUUUGGUAAAGGUCGACAGUGAGAUUGAAAAUUAUUGGAAUGUAAAAACCUUAUAUCAUGGUCUGUGGACAAUAGAAAUAAUUUUUCGGUUUAGGUACAAAGCGCUGUAAAGCAAAGUUUCUGAAUAUGGUAGAUCCUGUCACCGAAGACUACAGCAAUAAACUACAACAACUGUACCAGCCAUCACAGAAAAUUGCUGUUGACGAACACAUUGUCAAAUCAAGGAAUAGGUUGAGGAUUAGGCAGUUCAUGAAAGAUGGCCUAUGUGGGAGAUAAAUCUGUGAGUUACUGGAGACAGUCCUAAUGGUUAUAUUGUGACUUUGAGAUUUAUACAGGAGCAAGUCCAGAGAUUCAUUGUAGGAUGGAUUUGGGUAUGACGUGGUGAUGUGAUAUAAGUUUGGUUACAAUCUUAGGUCUUUUGCUGUCCAAUAUAUAUUUUGUGCAAAAAAGGAAAUAUUUUCACCACAUAAUCCAAUUGUGUGCCUUGGCAAACAUUACUGCCUUGGUAAAUAUUACUUUUUUUAUAACUACUAAUGAUGAUGCCAGCCCAACAACACUUGGUCAUGCUAUAUGCAAAUAUUUUCAUGUUCUAGAUUGUGAAAACAAUCAAUUUCUAAAGAAAUGAGUAAUGAUUAUUUAAAAUUUGAUUAGCAUGACCAAAUUUUCAGGCUGGUUAUGGCACAGAUAACUAUAAGUUAAUGGUGUACUGAUUAUCUAAGAAUGUAUAUAGUAACCGUAGAAAUAAAGACAUUUUGCAAAUAGUGAUUUGAGUGUUCUUUUGUGGGUAUCACAGACUUAUUUCGGUGCCAUACUAUCCUUGGAGUGUAAGAAAUAUUAGAAAUUUGUAUUGACAGUAUGUUGCAGCAAUAAAAAAAGACCUUUGAUAAGGGUAUUUUGUUUCAUGUGAGAACAAAAUGUAAAUUUCACUCAACUACAUAGUUUAUUCAAAAAUUCAAUAAAAAUAUUUCUAUUUAUGCUACAUGCAUGAAACUUCAGGUACUUGUAGACCACAACCGUGUCUUUCAGUUACAUUCAUAAAAUUUUUGACAUAUUUGAAAUUUGAACCGGUAGAUACAUUUAUGCAUAAUUGCAACAUUUUUUUAUAUCAUAAUUUAUGCAAAUUUAUGCAAGUAAAUCGUUAACCAAGCUCCGGAUGAAAUUGAAAUUGGUAUCGUUGGAAAGCGGAAGUCCUCCUCUUUCGAACGAUGCAAUUUCUGUUUUCGUACGAUGUAUAGUUUGAAAGAUAUAUGCGUUUAAAACAACACCACUCGAAAUUGCUACUUUUUGACCGGAUGAGAAUGAGUUAAAGAAAUGUUUCCCUUAAAAGCAAUAUAUGUGGUUGCUUUUUAACCAUGAUGGAGCUACUGUAUGUCAUAUUCUUCAUUCAGAUACAUGUACAUGGAUUAUUAAUAUGCACUUGUUCUAUGACAGACAUGCGUUAUCAGAUUAAGAAUAACUGAUUGCUGUACUUAUUUAAAGUCAUAUAACACCGAAUUAAAUUAUCGUAAUUUAAUUGACUAUUUAUGACACAUAUUAAAUAAAAAUUUCCAUUUUACGGACCGUGCAAGGUACUGUUCCAAUUAGCCACUUUUCAAAAACUACAGGGCCUGGGAAGUAGAAGCUGUGUGUGUGUACUGUGUAGUUGUGUGACAUUCUGUUACAGGGCAAAUAAAUGUAUUAUUUUAAGCAUACUUAAAUAUGAUAUUACACUUUCCAAGUUCGCCUUGAAACACUGAAAAUAUUUGCAAAGUGUCUCCCGAAAACAGUCCCACAAAUGAAUUGCGUGCUACUGCAGUUUUUGAAAGUCGUAUUCAAUAAAUAACAAUAAUUUAUUGUGUUUUCUGUGUCAUAUAUAAAACAAAUAGUAGAUGAUUUCAUUAGUGCAAUGGAAAGAAUAUUUUCAGUGGGUAAAAAGUGGACUGUUCCAUUCAAUUCGGAUUUGCCUCGUUAAAUGGAAAUCUUUCACCUCAUGAAUAUAUUCUUACCAUUGAACUCAUGAACCUUAAUUAAUUGUAUACUAGCACAUGUCUUAGGCCCGGUUUAGACGCCGUGCUUUUCAUGAGCCGAACUUAAUACAAUGAAUUAAGCACAUGAGAAGCACGGCGUCUAAAUCAAUUAAGCACUGCACUUAAUAUUAAGCACGGCUAAAUUAAUAAGUUCGCCUGGUUCAGGCGUGCUACACGGCUGAAGCACAUGUUGAUUUGUACUGCCGUGCUUUACAUGAGCCGUACCAAAUGCAUAAAUUAUGAUAAAAUAGAACAUUUAUAGUACACGUGCGUUGAUUGGUCGAGAAGCGUGUUUCUAUGCAGGAAAUUUCCCGCCUAAACUUACAAUCGUAAACAAAACAAUUAAGAAUUGUUUAAUACAGUCAAAAUACAAAAACCUUCCCACUUCCACUUCUGGCUUGUUUUGUAUUUCUGUAUUAAAUUUGUUCUAUUUUUUCUGUAGUGAUUUAAUACCGCUUUAUCGGCAAAUAUCGAUUAUUACGCAAUGAGAAUUUGUAAAUGUAUCGAGUCUACUACAAAUCUUUGUUUAGUUAUAUUAAGAAAUAAAUAUAAAGCAUUUAUUAUGUAUGACCCAUACAGUUAUAGAAACACUUGUAGUAGUUUGGGAGAACUCGAAUAACGUGGAAAAACUCGCCGUAAGCCUAUAUAGGUCUCGUUUUCCCACACAUUAUAUCCAGGCAUUAUAUCCCUAUUAAAUCCCUGUAUCCCUUAAAAUGUCCCCUAACCAGCAGACAACAUCUGUGGAUUCUUACAUGAAACAGUGAUAGAAGUCACAACAGACAUUGAAAGUCAGGAGAUGAGAAGGUGUCAAAAUGAAGUUAUUGGCUAUGCAGAACAUCCACGUGCAGGGGGCACUGAUGACCUGGAGACAUUUUUUGGCUUAACACAUUGAUAUGUUGGCAAUGUGUACACCCCUCAAACAAUUUAAGGAAUUGUGGCCACAAAUUGUUCAGUAAAAAAUUAUUUUUGGAUCUGUAUCAUUAAGUUUAUGUAAAUGAUUUACUGUAGUGUGUCUAAUUGACACAAUUAUUAUCUUCUCAGACCUCCCAUUCUAUUAUUUCACACUAAAUGAAAGGCUCCGUGAUGAGGAGAUGCCAUCAUUUGAUUUAAUGCCAGAAGAUAAAAGGGAAAAUGAUGAUGAUGUACAACACCACCCUCUACGUCUUCAUCAAUGUGAGGAUAAUUCCAUCAUGGUGCCUGGAAGGGCAAUGUUACCUGUGAGAAACAAUGCGAGUAUAAGACAGUGUCUCCACAAGCCUGAGAUGGGUUUGCCUCCAGUGCCAAUGCACCUGGCAUUUGAAGACAAAACUUAA